CACACCCGACUCUCCGGCGUUUCUGCGCGCGCGUGUUCGCGAGGGAACAUACUGUGUGUGUGCGUUCGAUCACGCCACUGGGGAUUCCCCCGCGUGACAAAAACAGCUUUGCCUUUCACAUGUCAGCUCUUCCCCUUCUCGCCUUUCAUUGCUCAUAUGCUCUCCGCCUGGAGCUCACGCAUUUACCGGAUAUUUAGUCGACGGGUAGUCGUUAGUGUCUCGUUUCACUCGUUUUAAACCCGAUACACCAUGUUUUCGAAACUUUUUAAAACGCGUUAAAUCGGUAAAAAGUGAACGCCUCUUCCUACACAGAGGGCACAGUGUUGUCGGUUAAUGGCAUGAUACGCAGCGGCUCGUUCCUCUGGUUUCACGAAGACGGUGCGGCGGUUAUCACAGGUGUCACCGGGCUGUCCGGUCACAUCACCGAGCACCGAGCGGCUACAGCGCCCGCAGGAAGCCUUUAAAUCCUCGGGGAAGGCGGGAGGGGGAAACCCAGCGAGGCCACCAUCAUCAUCACCACAGCAGCACUACCAUGGCGAGCCAUGACUGUACUAAAGAACACUUGCCGGAGGAUAACCGCACAGACUCAGGCAUUGAUUCGUACCGCUCCAUAGUGAAGUCGGAGGAGCCCCGGGGGCCGAGCAAUGACCUCAGCGGGCCGAGGGACAAGUUCUCCGGCGGGGAGGAAUGGCUGGACUCAGCCUACGGUUCCUCGUCUCUCACGGUAGAGAGCCUGUCGGAUAUAGUGGAGGGCUGCACGAUUUCCAGCAGCAACCAGCAAGUACAGAGCUCUGAACUCUCUGAGCAGGAGCAGGAGGAGAACUUGCUUACAACUAUUACAGAGGAUGGAGACACAAUCCUGCACUUAGCAAUUAUCCACGAAAUAUCACCACUUGCUAAGGAGUUGAUACAGAUAUUCCCAACAGAAGUCCUGGACAUCCAAAAUAAUUUAUAUCAGAGCCCUUUGCACCUCGCCACCUACCUAAACCUGAGAGAGGUGGUGCAGUGUCUGAUGGAGAAACAGGUCAGCAUAGAGCUGCAGGACCAGGACGGGAACACGGCGCUCCACGUGGCCUGCCAGCACGGGCAGUUAGAGUGUGCAACCGAGAUGACCAAAGACGUUUCUCCCAGCAAGUUGGCUCCGGUCCUCGAGACCCAGAACUGGAGAGGUCUUGGCUGUCUUCACUUGGCUGCACUGAACAGGCAACAUGAAAUUAUGAAGCUCCUGAUCAAAAAGGGCGCAGAUCUGAAUAUACAGGAAGGAACCAGCGGCAAAACGCCUCUUCACCUCGCUGUGGAGCUGCAUGACAUCACAUCUGUGAAGCUGCUGCUCGGCAGCCGAGCCAACGUGGACGCUGCAAUGUUUAAUGGCUGCACACCCCUGCAUCUUGCGGUGGGGAGACAGGACGCCACCAUCGCCACCAUCCUCUGUCAGAAUGGCGCCGACAAAAUGCUGCGAAACAUGGAGGACGAGACGGCGUUGGAUUUGGCUGACGGCAAUGAUGAUAUUCUGGCUCUAUUUCCUUUUGAUGACAUCCAGAUCUCUGGAAGGUCGUUGGUUGGCGUGAAGUUUUGAGCUGAGUCACGGGCUGAACAACAGUCCUCUAAUUGUCUGGAGCCUCACUGCAGCUCAUAUAAAUAAAAAUUUUAAAAACCUAUAUUUUGAGCUAACAUUGUUGAUUAGUAUACAUAUGCUUAGACAAGUAUGUGCACAGUAUAAAUCUCACUUCGCUCUGAUUAAACAGAGUAGUACCGCUUAAUUGAAAGAUUUUACAAGCUUGGUUAUGUUGCUUCUUCCUGCAUGCCUCUGGAGAUGGUUGUACUCAGCUGUAAAACCCCACCUCACUGUGAGUACCAGACUGUCUCUAAACCUGUUCAGUGCCCACAAAAAAAAUCUACCUCUUUAUCAUUUUGACCUGGUUUCAGUGGCUACAAAUAGAGUAUGCAAAAUGCAUAGUUUCGGUUUCUCAAACUUUAUCAGUGACUUUGCAUUGAAAUUGAAGUAAGUUUUAAUUUUUUUAAAUUUUGUUUUUAACUCUGAAAAUGUGGCCUUUCACUGUAGUGCAUAAAAGAGAUUUUUGGAAGAAUGCAAUCAGAGGUGUGAACAGAUAUUUAAAAAAAUGUAAAUCCUGCAAAAAACAAACUAUUCUCAUCUCUGCUUUUGCUAAAAAAAAAGUGACAAGUGGUUAAAAAUGUAAUGUAUAUAACAGGAAAUGCAGCUUGAUCUUUUUGAUUUGUAGUUUUUGUUUUUUGCUUGGAAUAGUGAAACUAUUUAUCUCAACCUAGCUUUCAUCAGCAGAAACUGUUCUUUGUGUAAUUACACUGGCCUGUCUAGUUAAGAGUUCAUUUAUUUUGUAAUAAAAAGACAGGAAAUUCA